ACCCAGGCCCCGCUCGUUGAAAACUUUCCCUUGUGCAUUUGCGCAGGGGAAAACGUAAUCAAAAACAGCAACAGAUUACAUGUUCAACAAUCCAGCCAUCUGUAACCAACAGCAGCCAAUACUCCCUGGGCUCACUCCUCGUCGCUCCGCUCGGUCCCCCUUGCCUGUCGCAAGCAACUAAGUCCGUCGGUAGCGUAAAUCACUAUCUCUCUCGCUUUCAGCAUCCCUCGACGACGUAGAUUCAACACGGUCUCAUCGUCAGCAUGUCACACUCUCGACAGCAGCGUCCAGGUAGCGAGCGCGUCGGCAGCCGUAGUCGCGGCAACGACAAUGCCACGUCAACAUCACCACCCAGCGGCGUGACGGUGACUGACACGCUCAUGACGCGCAAGCUCAGCAGCAUCACGCUGGACGAGGAGACGAGCAACUCAUCCUCGUCCCCCCUGUCCUCCCCGCAUCCGCGUCUACCCCAUAAUCAGCAGCUUCAGCAUCAGCGUGGGCAUCAGCAUCACCGCCCACAGCCCGCGCGGAUUAUGAAUCCUCGCGCGCACAGCGCGCCUCAAAGCAGCGCAUCGGAGAAGGAGGAGUGUGGCAGCAACGGCAAACGCGUCGUCGCGUCUCCGGGGCGCACGCAGCGCGAAGCGCAAAUGGACCAGCGUCUCCGGACGCCGGGGCGCUCGCGCCAGCGCGGCAGCGCCAACGGCGGCCGCCAGGCUUCACGGCUCCUGCGCUCGUCGACCGAGUCAGACGUGACGACGCUGCGCAAGCUCGCGCUGCAGGCUCACGCGCGCGAGCAGCAGCUCGCUGCCGCUUCCGCCGCCUCUGCCGGCAUCACCAGCAGCGGCAGUGGCAGUGGUAGUGGUAGUGGCAGUGGUAGUGGCAGUGGUAGUGGCAGUGGUAGUGGCAGUGGUAGUGGCAGUGGUAG